AUGGUCAAAGUUCACACGUGCAUUGUGUGCAUCAAUGCCGCCAGCUCAGUAUCAGUGAACAUUGACGAGCGCACCCCGCUGAUAAGCAGCAACAGCAGUGCAGGAAGCAGCAGCGGCGGCAACAACAACAUCCGCCGCCCCCAAUACGGCAGCAUUCAUCGGCGCUCAGAGCACAAUCAAUUCAGUUGGUUGCUUGUGACUGCCUUGUUUAUAUUCUUCUUCACUGGCAUCGGCAUUGCCACAUAUCUGCUCUUCAACGAGGGUGUCGUUUUCACACCGGAAAUCUACAAGUUCGUCGGGCGUGAGGAAUGGAACGCAUCAUCGAGCGGCGGGCCGCUGUUUACGAUAAGCGUGCCGGCGGACAGCGUCAUACUCACCGACACGCGCGCAGCGCAUUGUGAUAGAUUACCGGUUUGCGCCGGACUGAUAAAAAACCUUCAGCGUCAAUCGAUGACGGAUAUUAAGUAUAAUUUUUUAAUCGACGACACUGGAACGGUCUAUGAAGGACUCGGAUGGUAUCAGACUCUUGAAGAGCAUGAAGGACGACCAAUUUUUGCACUUAUUGGGAAUUAUAUGACAAGCCCAACUCCAACAAAUGAUCAGAUUGUUGCGUUGAAGAUCCUUUUGAAAUUCGCAGAGGAUCAUCAUGUGCUUAUGCCUUGCAGUGCCUUGAAAGUCGCUGCUGAGGAUGAAAACAAAGCGACUUUGCGUAGCUUGGCGGAGAUGUUACAAGUGGAGGCGUAUAAUGAAUGCAUCGGAUGA